UGUUGACACUUCGGAACAGGUGGAACUCUGAGUAAAUAAUAUAAAUAUACAUAUUUAUUAUGUAGAGUAAAUCAUAACUAAAAUUAACCCAAAAUUGCUAACUAUUCAAGUAGUAACCGAUGUUGUAAAUGUAUGCUUUUGACAAUAUGGGAUAUAAAGUUGCAAAAAAGAUGGAAGAAUUUUAUAUGCUUUGAUCAGGUGAUUCAUCGCAUGCAAAGUUGAUGUUGAAUUGUUAAUUACAUAAAUUCCUAACAGCCUAAGGAGAAACUGGAAUAUUUUGAAAACGUUUACAAUGGCAAAAAUUGAAAACGGUUGGUUCUAUGAAUUCAUCAAUUUCUACCAUGGACAAGCUAUGUCUUUGCAAGUUGAAGAAGUUCUUCUGCAGCAAAAAUCGAAAUUUCAAGACAUUUUGAUUUUCAAAAGCAAAGAUCAUGGGAAUGUUUUGGUUCUUGAUGGAGUCAUACAAGUUACAAACAAGGAUGAAUUUGCUUAUCAAGAAAUGCUAGCUUUUCUCCCUUUGAAUUCGCACCCAAAUCCAAAAAAGGUUUUGGUUAUCGGGGCGGGCGACGGAGGCGUAAUCCGUGAAGUAGCGAAGCAUCCUUCAGUCGAGUCAAUUGUCCAGUGUGAGCUAGAUGAGGACGUCGUUAAAUACUGUAAGAAGUAUUUACCAAAAUUGUCUUGUGGAUACGCCAGCUCAAAACAUAAAUUGCACAUUGGAUGCGGUAAAGAAUUCAUGAAACAGUAUAAAGAAGAGUUUGAUGUCAUCAUUACAGAUUCGUCAGAUUGUGAAGGACCGGGUUCUGCGCUUUUCCAGAAAGAAUAUUUUGAACUUGUGAGUUCUGCUUUAAAACCAGAUGGAAUUAUGUGCGGUGAAGGCGAGUGCCCAUGGCUCGAUUCUUCCACCAUUAGAACAGUUCUCGAGUCUUGUAAAUCGUUUUUCCCCGUUGUUCAGUAUGCAUUCGCAAAUGUACCAACUUAUCCCUGCGGACAAAUUGGCUUUUUUCUGUGCAGUCGUAAUAAAGCGACCAGGUUUGCGGAUCCAGUAACAAUAUUCACAGAAGAGCAGUUAUUUUCAUUCAAUCUGCGAUACUAUAAUUCAGACAUUCAUAAAGCAGCUUUUGCUACGCCGCAGUAUUUCAAGAAGUUCUAUGAUGACUACGACGGUUGCGACGAAAUUGACAAUCAAAACUGGAUCUGGCAGAACGUGGAAAGAUCUCCUGGACAAUCCUUCGGUUUGGUCAAGAAGGAAAUCAUGUUGCAUAAAAGAACUGACCGCUGUGAUGUGGUUGUCUUCAAAAAUUCUAUAUAUGGCAAUGUUUUGGUGGUCGAUGAUAUUAUGCAGUACACCGAGAAGGAUCAGCCGUUAUAUGAGGAAUCUCUUGCUCAUCUUGCACUUAACUCUCAUCCCUUCCCUAAGAAGGUUCUAAUUAUUGGUGGAUUCAGCGGUGGUAUCAUACAUGAAGUAGCUAAGCACCAGGCAGUUGAAACUGUUACUCAGAUUGAACAGAGCCAGGAAAUUGCUGAUGUAGCAAAAGAAUAUUUUCCUCGUUCAGCUGCCGGUUAUAAUAAUUCCAAGCUGCACGAAUUUUGCGUUUGUGACUAUCAAGACUUUUUACGUCGGCAUUUACAAGAAUUUGAUGUUAUUAUUACAGCUCCAGAUGAUGUAUUUUUUAAUACGAAUUUUAGUGAACUUUUAAAGAGCUCUUUAAAACAAGGAGGACUAUGUAUCUCAAAAGCUACAAGUUUUUGGACUGAUCUUGAAAAAAUUGGAAAACAAGUUAAAAGGGAAAGAGAAUUAUUCCCGCUCGUUAAAUUAGCCUACAUUUGCAUCCCUACAUUCCCAUACGGACAGGCAACAUUCGUAUUGCGGAGUUUAAACAAGGAAACUAAUUUUGAAAUGCCUAUUAGGCGUUUGGAAGAUGAACAGCUAUUGCAAAUGACCUUCUAUAAUGCAGAUGUCCACGCUGCAAGUCUUGUUUUACCAGAAUUUGUGCGGAAAGCUGUAGAGGACUGAACGUACGAAUCAAAAAGGAAUUGCGGUUAAACUUGAUCCUAAAGCCGACCAACAACAUCUCAUUAUAUACGUGAAUCCUCCUAUAAGCCUAUUGGCAAUUGACUCACAUUCUGAAUAUCUCAAAUACCAAUACCAGCUGAACUGAAAGAAUGUACUAAUUUUGGAACGUCAGUUGAUCCAUACCAAGAAUAGGUUAGGAGAAGUUUAGAGUGUUGACGUCUUGUUCAGCGUCUACCACGAAGCUAUUUAGGAGCGAUCUUUUCGUUAGAGGUUGAGAUACCCCGGUUCCGGUGUACGGGUACAGGUAUCGUACACAGGUGAAACUACGCUGUUAUUUAUGUAGAAAACCCCUAAUACUUCGUGACAGAUACCGACAAUAAGGUAGUCGGCAACCUCGUCAACGGGGCAUUUUCGUUGACGUUUGUCGAUUAAUAGAGAUUAUUCGUGUUAUUUUUGUUUUGUCAAUAUUUUAAUACCCCUUUCGCAGCAUUUUUGUACCCUUUUGAGGUACAUAUUCAUCUUUUUUUACUGCAAAUAAAUAUCACUUAUGUGACGUCACAUGAUGAGGUGUAAUAAGACAUGCAAGGACCGCCUGCCAUGCAGACUAUAGCAAGGCAAGAUGGUGGUGGCAAAGCAAGAUUGCUGUAGUAAGACAAGAUUGCUGUAGCAAAGCAAGAUGGUGGUGGCAAAGCAGGAUUGCUGUAGCAGAUGGUGGUGGCAAAGCAAGAUUGCUGUAGUAAAACAAGAUUGCUGUAGCAAAGCAAGAUGGUGGUGGCAAAGCAAGAUUGCUGUAGCAAAGCAAGAUGGUGGUGGCAAAGCAAGAUUGCUGUAGCAAAGCAAGAUGGUGGUGGCAAAGCAAGAUUGCUGUAGUAAAACAAGAUUGCUGUAGCUAGCAAAGAAAGAUGGUGGUAGCAAAGCAAGAUUGCUGUAGUAAAACAAGAUUGCUGUAGCUAGCAAAGCAAGAUGGUGGUAGCAAAGCAAGAUUGCUGUAGUAAAACAAGAUUGCUGUAGCAAAGCAAGAUAGUGGUAGUGAAACAAGAUUGCUGUAGUAAAACAAGAUUGCUGUAGCAAAGCAAGAUGGUGGUAGCAAAGCAAGAUUGCUGUAGUAAAACAAGAUUGCUGUAGCAAAGCAAGAUGGUGGUAGCAAAGCAAGAUUGCUGUAGUAAAACAAGAUUGCUGUAGCAAAGCAAGAUAGUGGUAGUGAAACAAGAUUGCUGUAGUAAAACAAGAUUGCUGUAGCAAAGCAAGAUGGUGGUAGCAAAGCAAGAUUGCUGUUGCAAAGCAAGAUGGUGGUAGCAAAGCAAGAUUGCUGUAGCAAAGCAAGAUGGUGGUAGCAAAGCAAGAUUGCUGUAGUAAAACAAGAUUGCUGUAGCAAAGCAAGAUGGUGGUAGCAAUUAAGCAAGAUUGCUGUUGCAAAGCAAGAUGGUGGUAGCAAAGCAAGAUUGCUGUUGCAAAGCAAGAUGGUGGUAGCAAAGCAAGAUGGUGGUGGCAAAGCAAGAUUGCUGUAGUAAAACAAGAUUGCUGUAGCAAAGCAAGAUGGUGAUAGCAAAGCAAGAUGGUGGUGGCAAAGCAAGAUUGCUGUAGUAAGACAAGAUUGCUGUAGCAAAGCAAGAUGGUGGUGGCAAAGCAAGAUUGCUGUAGUAAAACAAGAUGGUGGUACCAAAGCAAGAUGGUGGUAGCAAAGCAAGAUGGUGGUAGCAAAGUAAGAAAUACUACACGCAGAAAGUAGAAAUGUUUAAUGGAAAUAUCCCGCACUACACGCGAUGAGUCUGCACAACCUCGUAUACCAAGGGUUUUUACCAACGCUCCACGAGUCUAACCCCUGCUAUAGGUAACCCCCGUACCAUAGCCUAACCCCUACUGUAGCACCACAGCGAAAUAACUCUGCAUGGGUACUAAGUGGGAGUCUGCAAGGCAUUUUGGGCUAGGAAAAUGCACGCAGCGAAAGAGUAAUAAUGUACCUUGUUUAUUUAAUACAAGCUCGGAUAGCACUGUCGUUUUGACUAUAGUUUGACUCGUGGAAAGAGAGAAGCGGAGUUUGCCAUAUGUAUGAAACGAUAUUGCCUGUAACGUCCUAUAAACGUCGUGAUGAUCGUGACAUAAAUAGUGCACGUGAUCUCCUGCGCAGCAUAAAAAGAAAAUUAGUUUGGGUUAGAUGUUCGACUGAAUUCCUUACUAGUUUACUAGAUGACCUCACCAUCCUAGAUGAAUAUACUAUGCCUAUGACUUUACUCAUGGCGACGCAUCGAAAAUCAUUCGACUUCCGAUUAAACCAUUAAUGUUUGUAAAUUGUAUAUAUAGUCUCUUUUUAAUAUAUUAAUCACGCGAUGUUUUGGGUAAUAAGAAUACGUGACGAAUAGAUUGAGCAUUUAGUGCCGAAACAGCUAUUAAACCUUUGCCCAGUAUUCGUAUUGUUUUUAUGCCGAAUGUUUGGGCCAUACUACAUAGUUGUUAUAUAAAAUCGAAAGAUAAUUUACAUUUAAUUAUAUAUAUAACUAAUAUAAGCUUACCAAUUCACUGAACCAGUCUUUAUUGAGUUUAUUCUACCGAAGUAUGACCAAUGUUUAUUGCUUUUAGCCUUUUGUGUAUUUGUGUCUACCCAAUCAGUCGUAUUCUAUUCAUGCGUCGUCAGUGCGCAUGUUACAUAAGAGUUUAGCCGUUUCUGUUUGACCGUAAGAUGAUAUCAAUCCGCUAUACGUGAUGAUACACGUCACUACUUAUCAUGAACUGUAUUGCAGUAAAAAUCAUUUUAAACUCUAAGAAUUAGAUAUUGCAUUUAAUGCAAACCUGAAACAAAACCAAGAUGAAAACAUUAAACAUAGAUAUUAAUGUGUAAAUGUUAUUUGCAUGUGAAAAUGUGGAAUGCAUAUCUAGAGAACUCCAAUAAUAUUUAUAGAAAAAUUUAUGAAACGAAACUGGGGGGAAUUGUAAUGUUUGAACCGAGGCCUGAUGAAAAAAUUACGUAAUAUUCUUAUAAAUGAUGACUGAUCUAAAGACCCUUUUUUGAGCAACGCACCGUGACAAUUAUGCAGCUAAUUGCGACCAGCAAUAUUUAGUGAAUUUAUAAAAAGGUACAAAAACGCUUUUGCUGACCGAAUGGUUAAAAUCGAACCCUUAAACCCCGACACAACCAACCCCGACGAUUUUCUGCAGUGCUUUUAAAAUAACCUUGGAUUAGAAUGUCAAUUUCUAGAUGUUGCAUUCUAAUGUUCAAGCCUGUAAACUUUUGACAUCACCUCAUGCCUUUACAGUUGCUUUUGACAGAUAUGGCUAAGGGUUGAAAUAUACUCUACAUUUGUCUGUCAUCGCAACAUGCUACCGACUGGCAGGUAUUAGUAGUACCCGAGUAACAAAGUAUGCAUGUAGCUGAUUUAAACUCCUGAUAUGGGUUGUUCGUGUGCUUUGAUUUAGGCUUGUGUGACUUCUUUUAACAUUAUCACCGUUGAACGUCGUAUUUAUACCAUUAAAGCGUUACAGAUACAACCAAACAUUUCUUCGAAUGACAUGCAGAUUGCAGAAUAUGAUAUGCACAGUUUUUAACGGUAAAUUGUAUGGUUAAUUGAAAGUCAAGAUUGCCUGAAUCUAAAUACCACAAAAUAUUCCCAGAAUCCGUCAAUGAACUAAAAAUACCUCUGCAGACUGUACAUUGAAUAUGUAGAGGUCGAAAGGGCGUGCAUGCCAAAACUCAGUUACUAUUUUUGGUAUUUCUGCGCCAGUUGGGGUGUCUCGUAGUUACUGGUUGAAAGAAUGAUGAGAAAAAAUUCUUUGGCGUGGCAAUUGGUUGCUUUAAAUUAUUUGCAUUUCAGGCCAACUAUAAGAUAAGAAGGUCUGAAUGGGGUUAAAUGGCUACCAAAAUUAUUAAU